AUGAGUUCUCGAUGGGCCUCAGCGCAUGAAAACACCAGGGGAGCUGGCGAUGCUCGUCCUACUGCCCUCCAGAUCGUCGAGGAUGAAGGCUUGCGGGGCAAGCUGACAGACAAGGUUAUUCUCAUUACCGGCUGCUCCUCCGGUCUCGGCGUUGAAACGGUACGCGCCCUUGUGCGAACGGGAGCUACCAUCUACGCGACCGCACGAUCCUUGGAAAAGGCUCAAGACGCGCUUGGAGGCCUUGCCAAGUUAGACCGUGUCCAUCUUCUCCAUUUGGAUCUCAACUCGCUUUCCAGUGUCCGGGCUUGUGCCAGCGAGUUUCUGUCCAAGGGCCGGAAACUCAAUAUCUUGAUUUCCAACGCCGCUGUGAUGGCUACUCCUGAUGGCCGCACCACGGAUGGAUUCGAGACGCAGUUUGGUGUCAAUCACCUGGCUCACUUCCUUCUCUUCUGGCUUCUGAAGCCGACCCUCCUGGAAUCGUCUACUCCCGCGUUCCAGUCUCGAGUCGUAAUCGUCUCUUCUAGUGCGCACCGCGGCUCCGAAGUCCACAUCGACAACAUCAAUCUCAUCGGCGAGUACGACGGCUGGAAGGCCUACGGCCAAAGCAAGACAGCUCUCAUCUGGACCGCCAACGAGAUCGAUCGGCGCUACGGCCACAGAGGAUUGCACGCUGUGAGCCUUCACCCUGGCGGAAUUGCCACCGGUCUCCAAGUCCACAUUCCCGAAGAGCAAAAGCAGGCCUGGGCGAAUUCGGAGGCUCUUCUAUCCACGUGGAAGAAUGUCGAGCAGGGAGCAGCCACCACAGUCUGUGGAGCUGUUGCGGCUUGCCUUGAAGGCCGGGGAGGCCUAUACCUUGAGGACUGUCAAAUCGCAGGCCCUUGGAAUCCUGCGACGGGAAUAACAGGCUCAGGCUAUGCACCCUGUGUGCUUGAUGAAGAAAAGGCGGCUAAGCUUUGGAGCAAAUCCCUGGAGCUUCUGGAUUUGGACAAUGACCGGUAA